CCCGGCGCAGGCGCCGCCGCCGCCGCCGCCAUGGCGCUGAAGAUGGUGAAGGGCAGCAUCGACCGCAUGUUCGACAAGAACCUGCAGGACCUGGUGCGCGGCAUCCGCAACCACAAGGAGGACGAGGCAAAAUACAUCUCCCAGUGCAUCGAUGAAAUCAAGCAGGAGCUAAAGCAGGACAAUAUCGCAGUGAAGGCAAACGCAGUCUGCAAACUUACCUACUUGCAGAUGUUGGGCUACGACAUCAGUUGGGCAGCUUUCAAUAUUAUUGAAGUCAUGAGUGCAUCAAAGUUUACAUUCAAAAGAAUUGGUUACCUGGCCGCCUCUCAGUGUUUUCAUGAAGGGACCGACGUAAUUAUGCUAACAACUAAUCAAAUCCGAAAGGAUCUGAGUAGUCCUAACCAAUAUGAUACUGGAGUUGCACUGACUGGCUUGUCCUGUUUUGUUACUCCAGAUCUUGCCAGGGACUUGGCAAAUGACAUCAUGACACUGAUGUCGCAUACAAAGCCUUAUAUAAGGAAGAAAGCAGUGUUAAUCAUGUACAAAGUCUUUCUGAAGUACCCGGAGUCCCUCCGUCCUGCAUUUCCUCGCCUUAAGGAGAAGCUUGAAGAUCCAGACCCUGGUGUGCAGUCUGCUGCAGUAAAUGUUAUUUGUGAACUGGCCAGACGCAAUCCCAAGAACUACCUUUCCCUGGCUCCGCUGUUCUUCAAGCUGAUGACGUCGUCAACCAACAAUUGGGUUCUCAUUAAAAUUAUAAAAUUGUUUGGUGCUCUUACUCCAUUAGAACCUAGGCUGGGAAAGAAGUUGAUUGAGCCCCUGACCAACCUUAUACACAGGUACCUUUGUGUUCAGAAGUUAAGAAUAUUAAUAGAAGAUUCUGACCAGAACUUGAAGUACCUGGGGUUGUUAGCUAUGUCCAAAAUCCUGAAAACGCAUCCCAAGUCCGUGCAGUCUCACAAGGACCUCAUUCUGCAAUGUCUGGAUGACAAAGACGAGUCUAUCCGCCUCAGGGCUUUAGACCUCCUCUAUGGCAUGGUAUCGAAGAAGAACUUGAUGGAGAUAGUGAAGAAACUGAUGAUUCACGUGGAUAAAGCUGAAGGGACAACGUAUCGGGACGAGCUGCUGACCAAAAUCAUAGACAUUUGUAGUCAGUCCAACUACCAAUACAUCACAAACUUUGAAUGGUACAUCAGCAUCCUGGUGGAGCUGACGCGCCUGGAGGGCACGCGGCACGGGCAUCUCAUAGCAGCGCAGAUGCUGGACGUCGCCAUCCGCGUCAAAGCCAUCCGCAGGUUUGCAGUCUCUCAGAUGGCCAUGCUGCUGGACAACGCUCACCUCAUAGCCAGCAACGCGCAGAGAAACGGGAUCUGCGAGGUGCUCUAUGCUGCUGCGUGGAUAUGCGGCGAGUUUUCGGAACACCUGGAGGAAGCAAACCAAACUUUAGAAGCCAUGCUGAGGCCUAAAGUCACAACCCUGCCGGGCCACAUCCAGGCCGUCUAUGUGCAGAACAUGGUGAAGCUCUACGCGUCCAUCCUGCAGCAGAAGGAGCAAUCCGGGGAGAAGGAAGCAGCCCAGGAAAUCACCCAGCUGAUGAUUGAGCGUCUGCCUCAGUUUGUGCAGAGCGCAGAUCUAGAGGUGCAGGAGAGGGCUUCUUGCAUCUUACAGCUAAUAAAAUACAUUCAAAAGCUCCAAAUAAAAGAAGUACCUGUAGCUGAGGAAGUGAUAGCCCUGUUUGCUGGUGAGCUCAACCCUGUAGCCCCUAAAGCGCAGAAAAAAGUGCCAGUUCCCGAGGGCUUGGACCUCGACGCCUGGAUCAACGAACCUCCGUCGGACAGCGAGUCUGAGGACGAAAAGCCCAAAACGAUUUUCCAUGACGAGGAGCAAAGGCAUUCCCGGCAAAAGCAGCCCGAAAUCGAUGAAGAGGAGCUGGCCAGACGUCGCGAAGCCCGGAAACAAGAACAGGCCAACAACCCGUUUUAUAUUAAAAGCUCCCCUUCCCCACAGAAGCGAUACCAAGACACUCCAGGCGUGGAACAUAUACCUGUGGUCCAGAUAGAUCUUUCUGUCCCCUUAAAAGUUCCAGGAAUGCCUAUGUCCGACCAGUAUGUGAAACUGGAAGAGGAGCGAAGGCACAAACAGAAGCUGGAGAAAGACAAGAAGAAGAAAAAACAGAAAAAGGAGAAGAGAGGUAAACAUCACCGCCAUAACUCCCUGCACACAGAGAGCGAGGAGGACAUUGCCCCAGCUCAUCAUGUUGAUAUCAUCACAGAAGAGAUGCCGGAGAAUGCAUUGCCCAGUGAUGAGGAUGAUAAAGAUCCGAAUGAUCCCUAUAAGGCACUUGAUAUAGAUCUGGAUAAACCCUUAGCAGACAGCGAGAAGCUCCCGGUGCAGAGACACAGAAAUGCAGAGAACUUGAAGUCACCAGACUCAGAAGCUCCCCUUGCAGAGAAGAAGAGCAAGAAGCCCAAAAAGAAGGAAAAGAAACACAAAGAAAAAGAGAGAGAGAAAGGAAAGAAAAAAGAGAAAGAGAAAAAGGCAGUAGAGGAGGAAGAGGAAAAAAAGGGGGAAGACUUGGAUUUCUGGCUUUCUACUGCUCCACCACCUGCCUCCACCUCCCAGCCACAGAGCGAGCCUGAAGUGGGUGCUGCUGUUGUGGGCGAACCCGAAGGAGUGAAAAAGGACGAGAGGGCAGAACAAGAGGAAGAGGAGGAGGAAGAGGAUGAAGGAAAGAAGUCCUCCAAACAUAAGAAGAAAAAACACAAGAAAGAGAAAGAAGAGAAGUCCAAGGAUAAAAAGAAAUCCAAAAAGAAGCAUCAUCACAGUGAGGAGGAGGCAGCGGAGUCGGUACAGAACGGAACGCUAGAUGAUGAACCACUACCACCUAUGUCCAGUUACCGACUUCUGGCAGAAAACCCUUACAUUAAAAUGACCUACGAUAUUCAGGGGAACCUGCAAAAUGACAGUCAAGUUACUGUCUCUGUUAUCCUGGAGAACAAAAGCACUAGCUUCCUGAAGAGCAUGGAACUAAAUGUCCUGGACUCUCUCAACACUAAAAUGCUCCGACCAGAAGGAGCCUCAGUACAUGAUGGGAUUCCUGUGCCCUUCCAGCUACCCCCUGGAAUCUCCAAUGAAGCCCAGUUUGUGUUUACACUGCAGAGCAUUGUUAUGGCUCAGAAGUUAAAAGGAACACUGUCCUUUAUAGUGAAAAACGAUGAAGGUUCAACUCACGAAAAACUCGAUUUCAAAUUGCACUUCAGCUGCGCUUCGUACUUGAUCACGACACCUUGCUACAGUGAUGCUUUUGCCAAGCUCCUAGAGUCUGGGGACCUGCACAUGAGUUCUAUUAAAGUAGAUGGAAUUAGCAUUUCUUUCCAGCAUCUACUGGCAAAGAUCUGUUUUCAUCAUCAUUUUUCAGUUGUGGAACGCGUUGAUUCUUGUGCAUCCAUGUACAGUCGCUCUAUCCAAGGUCAUCACGUCUGCCUACUGGUAAAAAAGGGAGAAAACUCGGUGUCCGUGGAUGGCAAGUGCAGCGAUGCCACCCUGCUCGGCAACUUGCUGGCUGAGAUGAAGGAGACGUUGUCCAGUUGCUGAGCGCUCCCUGCGGGAUACUCCAGCUCCAGGAAACACACCUCCCGUGUAGAGACGAGCAGCCCCGAGUGUUACGUUUCUCCCCUGUACGCAUGUACUAUCCCGGGGCACGUGCUUUUCAGUUAACUCCACCACUCUUUGCCCUUUAGACAUUUUAAGGCUGUAGGUUACCUUUUUGUCCCGAAACUUUUUACAAACCGUGGUGUUUCUAGCCCAAAGAGCUCCUGGGGAUGUGGCUGGCGGAGGGAGAGGGGGAGAGGUUGGUGGUUCUUCAGCAGCUCCUGGUGAUCCCUUGGACUUUCCAUCUCUGUGGAGUUGUGGACCAAGCAGGAGUUUCUCAACGGGAGCACUAAGCUUGUACUAAGAAGUACUAAGCUUGUGCUUAGUACUGGAGAAGGUUGGCUUGAUCCCUGGCCAUCGAAUCUACCUUCAGGGCUGCUGUAGUUGAUGUACAUUUCUAGCAGAGGCUGGUGCUGGACCUGAAGGCCUCUCUCUUUCUUUUUUUUUAAUUAUUAUUAUUAUUAUUAUUAUUGUUAUUAUUGUUGUUAUCUCAAGCGCAGAAAGGUCCAUUGCGAUCAGCAUACAAAGACCCUCCAUCUCCUCGGGCUAAUCUAAAUGAGCCCGGUGAGAGCUGGGCUGUUUCUGAGUUCCUGUUUGUAGUAGUUGCCUUGAGCCUUAACCUUCUUCCAGUGACAACGGCGAGGCCAGAGGGUGAGCGUGCGAAGCCCAGGCUGAGCCCUGCUCUUUGGUUUCCUGCUCCUCUUCUCGUCCCCCCGUGAAGUCCAUCGCAUCUCCCCGCUUCGAGCAGUCCCUGCCCGUGUGUUUUAUGAGUCCACUUCAAUUUCACAUUCCUGAAAAGCUGAGAAUGUAGCAAGAAACUGGAACUCCCAGGGGGGCUGCCCCUGCUUUUCUUGUUCUGUCCUGGGUCGCUUUGCUCCCCAGCUGGGGUCGAUGCCCCGAGCGGCCUGGCCGUGCCCGGCGCGCGUUGCACGUACCCCCCGAAUGAGGAGACGGGGCCUGCAACGCGUUCCGCGCUGUUGGAAUCACGUGGAAUCUCCGCCUGCAAGGGGAUAUCAUUCUGUCCUUCACAGAUAAGAUGCUUUUCCAGAAGCGUUUGCUUCGAAGCUUUGUUUUUUUUUCCAGUUUUGACUCGCACACCCCGCACGCCGGGAACACGGUUGAACCGUUUUGCUGUGGGGCACCGGGCGAAGCUGCUGGUGGCCCCAUGGAGGAGGUGGGUCUGUCUGCACCCCAGGCACCCCAUAGACUUAGCAACAGCCCUGUCAGGAGCGGGACCAAGGCGGAUCCCGCCCUUUGGGGCCACGUCGGGCACCUCUUCAGUGCUCUGUUUGCUCUGCCCACGUCAGGGUGUCGUUUCGCGGAGGCUCUGCUGUGCUUCCAGCGCUAGGCCCAGCUUUGUGUCGCGCCGGCCCCCGUGUGCUGCCGGAGCAAGUCGGCGGCCGGGCUUUGGUGCUGGCCUCGCUCAGUCAGCUCCCGUCGUAGAAACCGAGCGUCUUAAACUGUCUUAAAGGAUG